GCCCUGCAGGGGACCGAGGACCUGUCUUGCAUUAAGAUCUGGAAACUGGGGGCAGGGUCUGGAGGAAGGAAGACAGAGAGAUCAUAGAAAGGGAAGAAGAGGCCAGCAAGCUCAGCAGCACUAGCACCACAGGUUCUGGUCCUGCGUGGGCCACACCCAGCUUGUCUUGCUCACAGGAAGCCUAGCGCAGCCUGCAGAACUGUACUGGAAUCACACGCCAGGAGCAGUUUCGCGUGUAAGGACAUCAUGCACUAUUUGGAGCAUUCAUACUAAAAAGCCCACUAUUGCUUUGUGGUUUCUGGUGUGCCUAAAUCUGGCAAGUCUACCCACAACCUCUGGCUUUUCCCCUUUUCUAGGGGAACCCUAUAGAGAAAGAAGCAGCUAGCCUGACAUUACAGAGCAGAUUUCAAUCUGUUCCAAAUCAGGGCCUGUUCCCCAAGUAACCUCCAUUUCUUGCUCCUCCUGAAAGGGGUGGACCCGACCUGCUGUAUGCAAGGCUUCUCUCCAAAUACCAGGAGGAGGCUGUACCAGUUCUGGGGUACCUGUAAAGUCUGCCCUUUGACCACCGUUCUCCUUGUGUCGGGGGAAGUCACAGAAAGCUCAACAGAUGCAGGAGACAGCAUAGAUCCCUGGACAGGGGUCCCAGCUCCUCACCACACUUUCCACCGCCUUCAUGCUCCAGCCUUUGUCGUGCUGGCUUGAGCCCUGGAGAACACCCUCCCUCCCUGGAGCCUGGAAGUUGGGGUGCUGGUUCUGGGCUCCUGCCAUGAGAAGGAAGUAAUUACCUUUCUCGAGAGAGUUCUUUUGGGGUGUUAGAAGGACCUGAACUUACUUUCCACUGAUAUACUGCCAGCCAACACACCCAUUCUGACACUGGCCAGAAUCCCUGCAUCCUUGGGCCCCCACCUCAGACACUCAGGUCAACCGCAACCACACAGAUACACUGAGAGGUGACAACCCCCGUCCCCAAGUUGGCUUUUCUGACUCAUCCCAGUAGCCCGGAGGCUGAAACAAGGAACCUCAGAUGUCCCAAUUGUCUGUGGAGUUUCCCCAACUCUCUCUUUCUCCAGUUUCCUCACCCAGUAUAGUAGGGACUUCAUGGGCCUGAACUUCAUAGGCUCCUGGGGUCCUAGCUUGGGCCUGCAGUCUCAGGCCACCUACUUCCCCCUACCUGAAACCUUGCGCAGGGGAGAAGCAGGAGGUCACACUGUCGCUGCUGCCAGGUAAGCAGAGCUGCUCCUGCGAUUGUCCUGGACUGAUGCAAGCAGAUGGGAGGGGCAUGCACUGGCACAGACGUUGGGCAGCCUUGUCUCAGCAGAAUGACUCCCAGUGGGGAAGCCCCUGCACCUCAGUUUGCAGGAACAGUGGGCCAAUGAGUACCUGCCUCCAGGCCACUGGGUAAGACUACACACCAGCUAAGCUGGUGCUGGCCCACACCUUUAAUCCCAGCACUCAGGAGGCAGAGGCAGAUGGGUCUCUGAGUUUCAGGACAGGCAGGGCUGUUACAAAGAGGAACCCUGUCUCAAAACAAACAAACAAACAAAAAAAUGACUAGUCACCAAGUGAUAAUACUGAUUGGCCUUGGGAGAACUUGGAUGUAGCUCCACGCCCAGCUAGCUAGGCCGUGGGGAGAGGUAGAGGAAGGAGAGUCAGUCCUCAGAGGCUCAUGGCUAUGUCAGAAACAUUCUGGCAGCAACUGUGCAUCCACCACUGUUGGCAGUUGGAGAGGCCUUCCCUCUGACAGCCAUAAGCCUUGGGGAAAUUGCUGUGGCCCAUCUUGCACACCAAGACUCAGCCGAGCCUUUCUUGCUCCCCGGCCGUCUUGGCAGCUGGUCUUGGUUGGGGGCCAACCCGCACCUAAGGCAGGAAGAUGGUGGUCGCAAAGAAGGUGAAAAGGUCUCUGGAGUUGGUGAAAAGUGAAAAGUACGUGCUGGUAUACAAACAGACUCGGAAGAUGAUCAAACAGGGCAAAGCGAAAUUGGUUAUUCUCGCCAACAACUGCCCCGCUUUGAGGAAAUCCGACAUAGAAUACUAUGCUAUGUUGGCUAAAACUGGUGUCCAUCACUACAGUGGCAAUAACAUUGAAUUGGGUACAGUGUGUGGAAAACAUUACAGAGUAUGCAUGCCGGCUAUCCUUGACCCAAGUGGCUCUGAUAUUAUUAGAAGCAUGCCAGAACAGACUGGUGGAAGGUAAAACAGAAGUUUUCCUUUAAUAAAACUUUACCAGAGCUCCAAGAAAGAAAGAAAGAAAAAGAAAGAAAGAAAGAAAGAAAGAAAGAAAGAAAGAAAGAAAGAAAGACUCAGCCGAGAUCUAGACCUUCAUUCUAGAAGGGCAGAAUAUGGGCUGAAGUGGCUUCAGGCAGCUGCAGAAGGAUGGGCCAGGAUUGGGUCGGGGGUGAACCAUCCCCUCCAGCACUUGGCAGGGGACCUGCUAGCACCCUGGAGCCUGUUCAGUCAGCCACUCUGGGUUCAGGCUAGCCAUGCCCAAACCCAUCUAACCCUGCCACAUUUCUC